AUGCACUUCUUCAAGAUUGUUCUCGUUGUCAUCGCUCUUUGCUUCGUCACUUAUCUAGGAAAGAGCAAUGCUGCCACACCAUAUGAUAUCUUCCAAUUCGUCCAGCAAUCCCCAAUCGUCUUCUGCCUCCGGAGUGGAAUUUGUGGAAACCAACCAGUUCUGCGGCAUACCUUUACGACACAUGGCCUCUGGCUGAGCAACUUUACCGAUCCAUCUGCACCUAUACUCUGCGCUGGCACCCUAUUCGACAGAAAUCAGAUGAAUGCUGAUCAUAAUCUGCAAUUACUUUUGUCCAAUUCCUGGCCCAACUUCAACAUUAGACGGACAAAUAUGGAUUUCUGGGCGCAUGAGUACAACAAGCACGGCAGCAAAAUUAGACCGAUACUAGAGGCAUUGGAGCACCAGAUUAAGCUCAGAUUUUCGAGCUUGGGGAAUCUGUUGCUGAUAGCAGUCAUACUGACAUCUGAUACGCUGUUCAAAUCAAGCACGUUUUCGGCGGAGCCAUUGGCAUAA